GGUUUAAUGUGGAGGUGAAAUUUCCCCAUUGUGGGACUAAUAAGGGUCACUUAAUCUUAAUCUUGGACACUUAAUCCAUUGGCAGUAGCGUAGCUACGAUCUUACUGUCUUUGCCCUACGGCCCAUAAGUGCCAGUCAUGUCCAGAAAUAAUGCCAACUUCCCUGGGCUUGAGCUUAUUGGAAAUGGACUGGCACACAGUGGAAACGCGUAUUGUGGUUUGAAGUCCACCCUUCAAAUUAUUUAACUAUUAAAAAUGCUAGCCAGUACAUGGCGAACAUGACUAGUAUGAUUUUUUCAUUAAAAUACAAAAAUGUUGCUUAGUUGCAGAAAAUAUGUCUAAAUAGUGACAAUUUGUAACGUUCCUCACUGAUUUUUAGACUUUGGGACACAUUUAUUUAAAAAAAAAAUCUAACUGGACCUAACUGCUGGGGACGCAGUAACACCUGGAAAAAACAUAUGACAAAGUGGUAAAUAUCUAAAUUACAACUCCUUUUGACUUCAUAGCGAGAACAAACUAUCACGGGCAGCUAGUUUGGCUCUAGUGGAGUAACUGAAUGUGUUGUAUGCAACUUCUAUUGUUUUUGAGUUGUGUAGCUGUUGAAGUUGCACGGAUAUUGUGUUGCAGGCAACUUACAACAUGCAACUAGUUGCAUGAAAGUUUUAGUGUGUAAAGUCCAGGAUUAGGUUUAACCAAUCUAAAGCCGUAAACGAAACAAGAUUAGUUUUGCCACAUCAGUAAGAGUUCGGCAAAAAUGCAUUGUGACCAGAGUGAUUGUGGAAAAUAAAAUGAAGAAGUGGAGGGCAAAUGGAGGCAGAUUGUAUCUCUUGAAAGAAAGAGGAAGCCCUGCCCACUCUAUUCUGGCUACAGUAAAAGUUAAAUGACUUCACUGCAUCAAAGAGUUGAUCUCUACUUGCCAGCGACAUCAAGGCAUCUGCAGUGGUGAAAGGCCUCGCCCAGUAAUGGACAGACACAGACUCUUCCUAGCUGUUUCAGUGCUGAGCUGUCUGGGGCAUGGCUGGGAGGUUCAGGUGCCAAAGUCAGUUAAAGCUGUUGAGGGCAUCUGUGUGAAGAUAUCGUGCCACACCAGCUCACAUAAUGAAGUGAAAUGGUACAAGUAUAAAGGUAUGGGGUAUCCUGUGGUGUAUUCUAGGAGCACUGGAGAUAUAAUACAGGAGUUUAGAGGAAGAACAUCAGUACCUGGAAGUCCUAGACAGGGAGACUGCAGCUUACAGCUCAACAAUGUCCGCCAGGAAGACAACGGGAUAAGCCUGUAUCCAUGGAUCUAUCCGGAGACGUCCAGCAACGAAUACAAAUACAUCGAAAUAAAUAUUGUGAACCCUGAGAUCCACAUUUCCGUAUCGAGCCCACAAACGGAUGGAAAUUUAUUCUCCGCCACCUGCACAGUCCGGCAUUCCUGUCCUUCGUCCCCUCCUCCGGUGCAAUGGGUGGGUUUGUCUUCCGUUUCUAACAGCCUGAUCAGCACCACGUUUUCAGAAGGACUGUGGACUUCAGUGACACGAGCUCAGUUCAGAGCAAACCGUCUGUACCACAGCAGCGCGGUCAGCUGCAGAGCAACACUCAACAGCAAAUUUAUAUACAGUACAGCUGUUGGACUCAACGUCUUCUACGCGCCCACUGAUGUGAAGGUAGGUGGAGCUGAUGCAGGUGUGGUUGAAGGUGCUACGAUCUCACUCACAUGCACCAGUAAGAGCAAGCCUGAACCAACUGACUACGAGUGGCUCGUUACCCAGAAGGGUUCCACCACGACCCGCAGAGCAUCGAGAACGUUUUCCCUUGGAUCUGUCAAACGAGACACGUCAGUCUCCUGCACUGCCCGUAACUCUGUUGGAAGAGGUCAAUCAGAGUCAGUGCUCCUGAAUGUCCGCUACGCCCCCACUGAUGUGAAGGUAGGUGGAGCAGAUGCAGGUGUGGUUGAAGGUGCUACGAUCUCACUAACAUGUACCAGUAAGAGCAACCCUGAACCAACUGACUACGAGUGGCUCGUUACCCAAAAUGGUUCCACCACGACCCACAGAGCAUCGAGAACGUUUCCCCUUGGAUCUGUCAAGCGAGACACGUCAGUCUCCUGCACUGCCCGUAACUCUGUUGGAAGAGGUCAAUCAAAUUCAGUACAGCUGAAUGUCCGCUACGCGCCCACUGAUGUGAAGGUAGGUGGAGCUGAUGCAGGUGUGGUUGAAGGUGCUACGAUCUCACUCACAUGCACCAGUAAGAGCAACCCUGAACCAACUGACUACGAGUGGCUCGUUACCCAGAAGGGUUCCACCACGACCCACAGAGCAUCGAGAACGUUUCCCCUUGGAUCUGUCAAGCGAGACACGUCAGUCUCCUGCACUGCCCGUAACUCUGUUGGAAGAGGUCAAUCAAAUCCAGUGCUGCUGAAUGUCCACUACGCCCCCACUGAUGUGAAGGUAGGUGGAGCUGAUGAAGGUGUGGUUGAAGGUGCUACGAUCUCACUCACAUGCACCAGUAACAGCAACCCUGAACCAACUGACUACGAGUGGCUCGUUACCCAGAAGGGUUCCACCACGACCCGCAGGGCACCGAGAACGUUUCCCCUUGGAUCUGUCAAACGAGACACGUCAGUCUCCUGCACUGCCCGUAACUCUGUUGGAAGAGGUCAAUCAGAGUCAGUGCUGCUGAAUGUCCACUACGUGCCCACUGAUGUGAAGGUAGACGGCGCUGAUGAAGGUGUGGUUGAAGGUGCUACGAUCUCACUCACAUGUACCAGUAAGAGCAAGCCUGAACCAACUGACUACGAGUGGCUCGUUACCCAGAAGGGUUCCACCACGACCCACAGAGCAUCGAGAACGUUUCCCCUUGGAUCUGUCAAGCGAGACACGUCAGUCUCCUGCACUGCCCGUAACUCUGUUGGAAGAGGUCAAUCAAAUCCAGUGCUGCUGAAUGUCCGCUACGCCCCCACUGAUGUGAAGGUAGGUGGAGCUGAUGAAGGUGUGGUUGAAGGUGCUACGAUCUCACUCACAUGCACCAGUAAGAGCAACCCUGUACCAACUGACUACGAGUGGCUCGUUACCCAGAAGGGUUCCACCACGACCCACAGAGCACCGAGAACGUUUCCCCUUGGAUCUGUCAAGCGAGACACGUCAGUCUCCUGCACUGCCUGUAACUCUGUUGGAAGAGGUCAAUCAGAGUCAGUGCUGCUGAAUGUCCACUACACCCCCACUGAUGUGAAGGUAGGUGGAGCUGAUGAAGGUGUGGUUGAAGGUGCUACGAUCUCACUCACAUGUACCAGUAAGAGCAACCCUGAACCAACUGACUACGAGUGGCUCGUUACCCAGAAGGGUUCUACCACGACCCGCAGAGCACCGAGAACAUUUCCCCUUGGAUCUGUCAAACGAGACACGUCAGUCUCCUGCACUGCCCGUAACUCUGUUGGAAGAGGUCAAUCAGAGUCAGUGCUGCUGAAUGUUCGCUUUCCUCCCACCAUCCUGAUGAACUCAGCAUGCUUUACGUCAGCUGGAGGUGUCCGGUGCGUGUGUCGAGCAGAGGCCGAGCCCAAAGCUAGCAUCUUCUGGACAGUUGAUGGGAGCAGCGCCGUCCUUCCACACUUCAACACAACAUCUAAAUAUGCCGGAAGAUUAGUAGUGUCGGAGCUGAGGGGACCACUAGCCAGCAACGUGUCCUGUAAGGCAUCUAACAUCGCGGGGACAGAUGCUUACCAGAUGCUGAUCCAGCAGUCAGUAUUAGAAGGAAGCUCUGGACUGAUAACAGCUGCCGUAGUGUCUGUGGUGUGCAUCAUCUUAGGAAUUACUGUGGUGGCUUUCUUCUUGAGAAAGAGGCGGCAGCGUCCAGCGGACUCCGCCUUCAGGUCACGUACAGAGUCCAGUGGAAAGAAUAUCGACCAGUUUAAGACUAAUGACUUGAAUCUUAAUGACAAUAUCUACAUGAACAAUGCAGAUGGAGAGGAUAUCUAUGCUAACACCAUGGAAACAAACCAGGUGGACUGGAAUGACAUCUACCAGAACUACUGAGACCUGCCUGACCUCGAGAUAUCCACUCAAAGCUAGACUUCAGUAGCCUUCAGCCUGCAAUGUUCUCCCAUUACUGGUGAAGAAUUUAAGCAUUUGAUUAUUCAUAUAACUCAGCAGACUGCAAAUAUAGCUCACAUCAGAAGGCUUAAAGAAGACUUUGUUGUUUUAUGUGUGGGCUGUAGCCUUAGGGCCCAUAACCAUGGGGUCCCUUGCUCUAAGUUCUAAGUGUUGUUGUUUUGCAUGAGCUUUGUUUGUAGCAAAUCAGCUACUUUCUUUGCUUUAAAUGAGUGCAAUUUUGCUUCAUUUUGACGGCAUUUUUGUCCGCAUAUUUAUUUGAAGCAGACUAAUUCACAGAAACAUACCUUAUCUGAAACCGCUUAUCCUUCUGGGGUGCUGGAGCCUAUCCCAAUGGUCAUUGGAUGGAAAGCAGGGUACACCCUGGACAGGUCGCCAGUUCAUCACAGAGGUUUUUUUUUUCUUUUCUUUAAACAUUAUACAUAUAUUUAUAUAUAUAUAUAGAUUUGUAUAUUUAUAUAUAACAUUCUGCCCCUGUCAAGAAAUCCUGAGUUUGAUCCCCGGUGGUGCCACAGCCACCCGUAGCUGUGAGAGUCUUCUCUUUACCUGGGCAGGUACAGUGGUGCCCAUCUCACCCCCAUCACUCAGUGCAGUGAUAGCCAGAAUAAGCAUCUGUUAGCUGAUGUUACAGGAUUAGCAGAUGGUGUUCUACUCCAAGUGUGUUGAGCUCCAAUGAUGUCACGUUGACUCUAAAAGAUACACUAUAGUGCCAAAAGUAUUCGCUCCUCUGGCUUCACACUCAUAUGAACUUGAGUGACGUCCCAUUCUUAAUCCAUAGGGUUU